CCUUACUUCUUUAUUUUCCAGCAGCUCGGUCACAUCAUCACCGCGCUGAGACUCUAACCGACCACAGACUCUGGAACCAUGCACCGCCGUCCGUUUCUUCUUGGAUUUCUGUCUCUGUGUGGAUGAAAUGUGGCCAAAUGCGAUCAUUUUCACGUGCUUUCUGGCUCUUCGGUUGCGCCACUGUGCAGCUGAUCUGUGCAACUGGACUGGAAGCGGUUUUGCAGCUGCCGUGGACUCCCGGAUCGUCCUCCAAGUGCGGCUCCGCUGCACGGAGGGCUCGGUGAGGUGGCUCUACCCGGGCCAGGCUCUCCGGGUGGUCCUGGAGCCCAACCUGUCUUCCUCCCGACGCACCACCGUCUGCAUCAAACCGUCCCCUUCCCUCGGCGGAGGCAGCGUGUUCGUGGAACGGGCCGGGGAGCUGGAGCUGCUGGUGCCGGACGGUGGGAGGCCCGAGCGGCAGGUGUUCUGUUUCCGGGCAGACGGACCGCACAGGCCCGCUCUGUACCUGCAGGCCGGUCCGCAGGGAGACGGGGUCUGGAGCAGACGCACCAUGGGCUUCAGAUACGAGCUGCUGGGGAACCGGAGCCACGGAGGACUGAGGGCCUCCUGCCAACCCUGUGACGACACAGAGCUCCUCAUGGCCGUCUGCAACAGCGACUUCAUGGUUCGAGGCCACAUCUGGAACGUCUCUCAUGACUCUGAGCGUCAGACGUCGCUGGUGGAGGUUUCGGCGGUGAGGGUUUACUGGCAGCGCAGUGGAGUGUUUGAGCGACACGUUUCUCCGUCGGCGUCGCCUCGGUCUUGGCGUGGACACAUCCACGCUCUGCUGCAGUGCCAGGUGAAGCCCGGGGACGGAGAGUUCCUCUUCACCGGGUCGGAACACUUCGGGGAAGCUUGGUUGGGGUGCGCCCCGCGAUACAAGGACUUCCUGUCUGUCUACCAGCGCGCCCGGACGUCACGUCGGAACUCCUGCGACUUCCCUUUAGACUGA